AUGUGUCAAGAGAUCGUCGGUGUCUGCUGCUAUUGCGGCGACCAUAUCAAAUCCUACUUCCUUCUUUGCCAUUCUUGGCACGUAAUCGCAGCACAGUUGAUGGCUGUAGGCGAACCAGCCCCUCGAGCAGAGCAUUGCGAAUUUCGCGUAGCGAAGGCAUUCCAGCCUUGGCUCAGAGGCUGUACCAACAACGACGUCUGUCCUUCGUGGUUCGGGAAUAUGUUCCCAGGUUUUAGUGACUCUUGGAGUGAAGAGACCUAUCAAUUCGAGGAGCUAACUGUUGCUGAGGACAAGUACGAUGAAUGGAAGAAAGACUUUGCUCGGAAGUACUUCGUGAAAAGACCUAUCCAGAUUCUACAGGAACCUGAGGGAUUCUUUGAAUCAGAUACCGAAUCUGUUCUUUCAUCGUCUGCUGCUACUUCGUCUAUCGACGACGGCGAGAUUGCUAAUGAGACUCUCCAGUCCGAAGUUGACGAGGAUACUCAUACCCAGACUGACGAAGCCAACAAACGAAAUUUCGCCGCAGUCGAUUCAGCUUCUGAGAUCUCGGAAAUUGAUCCACUAGACCUAUUCUACGGUAACGUGGUCGAUUAUGUUCCUAACAAAGACACCAGGAGCAACACCGUAGAAGCAGCGAAGACAUCGAGAGCCAAGAGCAGCCGAGAAGAGUACCAAGACCUAGCCCCUGUAUGGACUUCGUUCCAUCCUUUCAUGGACAUGGGACGUGAUAGAGAGUUCAACGACUAA